ACUUUAAAAUAAAAAUAAUAUAAAAAAAUUUAUUUCAACAGGACACAAAAAGAAAUAAUUAAAUAAAAUUUAAAAAUCAUUAAAGGUAACGACGAAUUAAAGAAAAGGAGAAGCCUGACAACCAAACUAAAACUUGCACCCCCCUCAACCAUCAUUCCGAGCGGCACCAAGCAUGGCAGAUCAAGAGGCCAGCGAGACUUUCCACUGGCGCUAUGCCGGCCUCGAUGACAAGAACUUCCAGAUCCACGGCGGGAGCCUCCUCUUCCUCCUCAUAAUUUUCGCCGUUCUGGUUUUCGUUGCCCUCCUUUGUUUAUACAUCAGGUGGGCCUGCCGCGGCUACCACCGGUGGACAACGGCCACCGGCACUGGGGACUUAUCCUCUGAGUCUGCCUUCCCUCGGCCGCUUGGCCUCGAUCUGGAGACCAUCGGUAGCUUCCCGGUGCACUCACACCAGCGAUCGUCAUCAGGCGACGAAGCCCAGUGCGCGAUAUGCCUGAGCUGCUUGAUAGAAGGAGAGAAGGUUAAGGUGCUGCCAACUUGUACCCAUUCCUUCCAUCCAGAGUGCAUCGAUGAAUGGCUGAAGACUCAUUCGAGCUGCCCACUAUGCAGGGCUUUUCUUGGGGGAUCCACGGCGGAGCCGGUGGCCGUCGUUGUUUGAGAAGAAGAUAGGAAGAGGAUGGGGCUUUGGAUCGGUGGUGUUUUUUUUUUUUUGCUCUCUCUCUUUUGCCAUGGGCGUGGAACAUGAGAGCCUGGCGGUGGAAUCCACAGAAAGAAGGUGGUUUUGGGGUGUUGCCAUGGGAGGGGGCCGAGGGACGGACGGUGUCGACAUUCGUUGCUGUUGUCUCUACUGUUGCUUUUGGCUUUUUGGACCUCGAACGGAUUUAUCUUUCUUUUUUUUUUUUCUGAGCGUUUUGUUGCUUGGGGUUGAUCUGAUCUCUGAUGUCUUCGCUAGAAUGGAAAGAUAGAUGGUUGACAGGU